CAGAAUCUAAUUGUGUAGGUGAAUAUGAGCUUUGAGAUAGAGAAGCUGAGAGCUGAACUGAAACAUGUUCAGGAGAUGUAUGCCAUGGCUCAAAUUGAGACCGUUGAUGCCUCUAAAAAGGUUUGAUCUGAUUUCUAUAAACCGCAUAAUGCAUAUGCUACAUUUUGUGUUCUUAUUUGAGUUUUGGUUGCAGCUAACUGAGCUAAACCAGCAAAGAUUCGAAGAAUUAGAGAAUCUCGUGGAGCUGGAAGAGAUGGAAGAAGAAGCUAAAGAUACAGCUUCAAAUGAGAAGCAAAGGUACGAAGAUAAAAUGAAGGAGGCAGAGAAGGUUAAAGAACUCAUGAUGAAAGAGGCUUUACAUAGAAGAGAAGCCGAGAUCAAAGCAGAACUCGAUGCUAAAGAGAAAGACAAGCUCCAGGCUUCUCUCGUCACUCCGGGGAUUCAGUACCAACAUUACUCCUGGGAGGAACUUGCAGCUGCCACUUCUGACUUCUCUGAAGAUCUCAAGAUUGGAGUUGGAGCCUAUGGAACCGUCUACAAAUGCAACCUGCAUCACACGACCGGUGCUGUAAAGGUCCUUCACGCAGGAGAAACUCAGCUCUCUAAACAGUUUGAUCAAGAGCUUGAGAUCUUGAGUAAGAUCCGUCACCCUCACCUAGUCCUCCUCCUCGGAGCAUGUGCUGAACGAGGCUGCCUCGUCUAUGAGUACAUGGAAAAUGGAAGCUUAGAUGACCGUUUGAUGCUAGUCAAUGACACAUCUCCUAUCCCUUGGUUCGAGCGUUUCAGGAUUGCUUUAGAAGUAGCUUCAGCGCUUGUCUUCCUCCACAAAUGCAAGCCUAGACCCAUCAUUCACCGCGACCUUAAACCAGGAAACAUCUUGCUUGACCACAACUUCGUCAGCAAACUAGGCGAUGUUGGUCUCUCCACAAUGGUUAACCAAGAUGACGCUGCUUCCAAGCUAACCGUCUUCAAGAAAACAAGUCCUGUUGGAACACUAUGUUACAUCGACCCUGAGUAUCAGAGAACUGGAAUCAUCUCGCCUAAGUCAGAUGUGUUUUCUCUUGGUGUUGUGAUUCUUCAGCUGAUAACCGCGAAACCCGCGAUAGCCAUUACUCAUAUGGUUGAAGAAGCUAUUGGUGACGAUGCUGAGUUUAUGGGACUGUUGGAUGUGAAAGCUGGUUCUUGGCCUAUUAGUGAGACUCGUGAGUUAGCUGCUUUGGGACUGUGGUGUACGGAAAUGAGACGCAGAGACAGACCAGACCUUAAAGAUCAGAUCAUACCGGCUUUGGAACGGCUUAGGAAAGUCGUCGACAAAGCUCAAAAAUCGAUCACCAGAACUCCGUCUGGCCCUCCAUCUCACUUCAUUUGUCCACUUCUCAAGGUUUGAACCUAAUUUCUUGUACAAGAAGAAAACCUAAAUGGUUACUUGCGAAUCAAGAAAACUUGAUUUUUUCAUGAUUUAACUUAAAUCUUUUGGUAUUGGUUACAGGGACUGAUGAACCAGCCGUGCGUAGCUGCGGAUGGAUACACGUACGAUCGUGAAGCCAUAGAGGACUGGCUGAGAGAGAAGGAUACAUCGCCAGUGACUAAUCUUCCAUUACCUAACAAGAACCUUCUUGCUAAUUACACUCUUUACUCAGCAAUCAUGGAGUGGAAAUCCAAUAAACAAUAGUGAGAGAGAGAGAUAGAGAGAGAUAGAGAGAGAG